AUGACCUCUUUCGAGCCUGUAGUAUUGAAAAAAAUGGAGUUCAAGCGAUACAAAGAAAUUCUAUCGUCCAAGAAGUUAUUUUCUACCACCUACGUAUUACCGAUAAGCUCUAUUUUUGGGUCAUCGAACUGCGUGUUGGAGAUUAAUAUACCUCGUUCCUACCCUAAGAAUUAUGUGGACUUGAAGCUUGUUAAUCCCAUACCACAUCCGUGGGCUGGUGAAGACGGUGUUAUAAAAUGCCCGAGCUGGCUGUUGCAGCUACCGUUGGUAGAAAUUGUCGAAACGGUGCUUUAUCAGUUUCAAGAUUUCGAAUUAAGGAAUGAUUCUGGAUUGUCGAGUCACCGUAAUGCGGAUUCACCUGGUCAUAACGGUAGUGCAACUCCCACUGAGUGGUCUCCCAAUAGUGGUUCCAGUCUGGCUGCUAAUGUGGAUUCCGAUGUGUUAGCUUCUGAUGAGCGGAACACUCGACCGACGUGUGCGGUCCCGAAGUAUAUCCAACUCAUUGAUGAGAAGGUGAUUAAGGUUUGCAAUAGUUGGCCAACUAGCCCAUUGGUUCCACUAAAGUCUGCAAAUAAAGAAGAGGUUAUGAACAUGUUAGCAAAUGAAGACCUUCGUUGGAGUUUGUUGCAUCGCUUACCUGAAGUAUCUCCGUUGAUCACAGAUCUUCGAAGGACCGUCUUAGACAAUGAGUCCAAGUCGCUUGCUAUUAUCGCCACUCUUAACAAGCAGCAGGAACUACUGAAGUUUAUUGAUAAUAAGCGUAGGGGUAUGCGUCCCGCUGAUGCCAACGCAGAGGCGGUCGAUAGGAUUGUGAAAAAGCAUCGUGAGUCAUAUCGAUGUUAUGCUAAUACAUUAAUUCAAGAGUUACGCGAAGAGAUUCACGAGAAAAUUCGUGCUAUACGUGAAGGUCAAGAGUGUUUUGAAGAGUGUUACGACGCCCUCGCUGAUUUAUAUCAUCAACGUAGCGAGCUAGAGGCCAUUCAGAUAGCACUUUUCGCCACUUUCGUGGCUUUGGAUUGCACCGCUUUGGUGCUCAUAGGAGCCAUGAUAUACGCAUUAUUUGACCGUACUAAGUUACACAUCGCUGGUGCGGUCCUCGUAGUAACGUUCGUAGUGGGAUUAUGUCUGCGGAAGUUUAACCAAAGGAAAUACGACCGUUUGGCCUUCUUCCGUAUAAAGUUUUACAGCAAUUUCAGCUUGUAUGCAGGGAUAUAUAGGCGUCACAGUGUGUUUUCUUACAUUACUGCGCUGUUGUUCCCUAUAUUUGUCGCGAGUGUGACGUACGGCAAAUACUCACCCUUGGCGGAAUCACUGCUGAUAGGAUCAGUUCUUUGCUGUAUAACAAGUAUAUUUGCUUUCGAUUCUAAAGCAUUGCUUUGUUGUGCUGCUAUUGGCUUUUACUUGGCAGAACGGCUUUUUGGCGAGGUUCUAGGAAAACAGGUGAUCAUUUUUGCACUGCUACAGGGGUUAUACCAUGAUAUAUUACGUGAAGAUUUGACCCGGGCACUUGAUAUUGGUGAUGCCGUAACUGUGUCCCAGUUGGCAGUAACCGUUGCGCACGUUGUCAUUAAAAGAUACUCAUUCACUUACAACACCGCCCUGCGUCCAAUAGUGGAGCUUUGCGUCUGUUUGGGCUUCGUUUGCGUGUUAUUUAUCGCCAUAAUGCUGGGUGAGGAAAUUUCUCAUUGGUAUGCUCCAGGUUGCAUUAAAAGAAAAUUAACCGACGCUGUGCGUCUACUCCUCAUGGGAGAUGCCCUAUACCGAUAUGGAUACUGGGCAACUCACGAAGUGAAGUACCAGGUGGGAGUGACUCCGCUCGGCGCUCUAAUGAACGUAAUAACGGCGAAGAAUGCGCUGAUUACUAUCGCUACAUGGGUGAUCCAUUCCACUAUGGGUCUAUUGAUAUUGUACUACCGAUCACCCGCUUUUAACAAGGACGGGAAGGACUACCACCCCAAGGACCCUGUAAUUACGAUUCUGAGGAAAGGUAUACACGUGGUACUGUUUGCCAAUGCGUUAACUGCCAUCUAUCUUGGCCAGCAUCUACUACUGGCUGUGUCUCUGUACCUCACAUUCAUCGCUACAAUGACAGUUGAGAUGUUGCGUUACUAUGGGUACAUCCCCCGACGUUUGAGCAUGUCGAUCAACAAUGUAUACAAGGCUUUUGGCGAGUCAUCUAAGCUUAGGAUACUUGUGCUUCCCCAUGCAUGGGUAGUUCUCGGCGUUGGCUUGCCUUUGUGGACCGAGAUGACACAGAACCCGCAUAUUGACGUUACGAAGGCCUAUAUAGGGUUGAUCGUGGUUGCUCUUUCUGACGCUACGGCUGCUUUUAUUGGCAGUCAAAAACCAAAGCUUCCGUGCCACGACAAAUCUCUAGCUGGUAGCGCUGCAUUUUUCGCCUCUACGUUCUCAGGUCUCAUAUUUAGUAUGACCAUUCAGGUUGGUGAGGAUAUCGGAUGGGCGCGCGUUAUAGCUGCCAUCGCUGUUGCUCUCUCUACUACCUUGAUUGAGGCUGGUUGUCCCGGAAUUGACAAUGUAAGCAUCGCAUUGAUUGCUUAUUCCGUUUACACCGUUGCUGAGAGGGUGCUGAAGUUUUGA